CAGCUUCUCCAUACGUAGAAUGAUGUAAAAAGAAAAGGCUAGUUAUGGGUUGUAAACUCUGCACUAAAGACAUUUUAAGCCCAGCUACAGAUUGACAACAAUCCCCCGCCCUCUCUCCACCGCUUUCUGGUGCCCUUAUCCUCCAUCCAUCCUCUAAGGUUUGACAAUAUUCAUUCCUACGUUAUUGGCCCAAAAAUAAGAAAGUGUUAGCGCUCCAUAUACUGAAUCCGAUCUUAUUGGUCUUUCUGUAUAAUUCUGUGAAUUAUGGACACCCAAACGCAAACGAACACCAGAGAAAAAGUUGCGGACGAGCCUCAAGAAGGAAAUUUAAAACAAGACGGAAAAGAGGGCAUACAAGCAAAGCAACAGGCACUGCCAACAUCCCCUGCCUCCCCAUCUUCAGCAUCCUCCUCUCCUUCUCAUGAAUUUUCCUUCACAAUCUCUCUCCACUCUGCCUCAGCACCAGUCCCUGACAAGGCCAAAACCCCUCCUAAUUCAUUUGCUAUUGAUUUGUCUCCAGCAGAUGACAUUUUCUUCCAUGGGCACUUGCUCCCUCUCCAUCUCCUCUCACACCUUCCUGUAUCUCCUCGCUCGUCCACAAAUUCCUUUGACAGCUUCACCCUCCCUAUCAAGGAAUUAUUAGAUGAUCAAAGACCCAACAAAAGUAGCAAUAACUGCAGCGCCAGCAAUGGAAAUAGCAUUAGCAGUAGCAACAACAUCAACAACAACAAUAACUGCAGUCGCCAUCGAAGCAAAAACUAUAGUGAGACAAAGGGAAGAAGCAAGCCCAAGUCUUUCUCUUUAUUCGGUUGGCGAAAAGGGUGUGAAGUUAAAGAAAAGGAGGAGGACAAGGGUGAGCACAAGAAAAAGCUGAGGUUCGACGCAAGUCAGGUACUGAAGAGGUACGCCAGAAUGGUUAGGCCACUCAUGUUCUUCAAAGGAAGGAGAGAAAAUCUCCAAUCCCACAAGCAACCUUAUUCAUUUUCAGGUAAUUUAAGUUGGGGAAAUAAACAGGAGUUGCGAGGGACGAGAGGAGAAUGCUCAGCACCGGCAUCGAUGAGGACAUCUCCAACAAAUAGUGGCCUUCUUCUUGCAACUGCAACUCUUCCUACUUCUACAAGUGAUAGUACAAUGGAAGAGUUUCAUGCUGCUAUUCAAGCAGCAAUUGCUCAUUGCAAGAACUCCAUUGCUGCAGAAGAAAAGAUGAAAUGCUAAAUGUAAGACUGGACUUCCGAUUUUCUCCUGUUGAAUUUCUAUUUCUUAA